GUUUUAGCACCUCACGGCGCGAAGGAUUGCCGUGAACAGACCGCAGCAGAGACCGACAGUGAUCGCUGCGAUGAGAAGAACCGCCGCGUAGCAACGGGGCCGGCGGACAUGUCCGAAUCGAGCUCGGCCCACGAGCAGAACACGCGGUUACGGUCCUCGAUAAAUCCUCGUAUGUUUACCGAAACUCGACGUGGAUCCCGUGUCGCCGCUUCGGCGCUGCGUGGCGGCCCUGCGCAGUCUGUCUGCGCUGGCAGGUGGAUCCGGAGCAGACAGUUGUGGGAAUCGGAGUAGGUGACAUAGUUCUGGUGGGGAGGAGGAAGAGGAGGAGAAGUGCACGAGGCCAAGGUGGAACCAUGUCGGCCUCUUGGCGCGAGGACAAUGAAGAGUUGAAGGCAGGAGGAGUAAGAGGGGGGUCGAGACUCAAACCGAGGUUUUCCUUCAGUGAGGUCAAACUGCUGCUGGAGGCGGUGAAGAGGAACAGAUACAUCAUCCUCAAGAAGUUCAACCAGGGGGUGUCGGCUGAAGCUAAGAAACAGACGUGGUCUGAAAUCACCGACCAGAUAAACAGCCUGGGAGAAAACCGCAGAGAGGUGCGUCAGAUCAUGAAGAAGUGGGCGGACCUCAAAUGUGAUGGAAAGCGGCGCGCCAUCGCCCUCCGGGGCUCCUACGGGAACAACGUGCGGAAGAAGAACCUGGGCCCCGUGGAGAGGAUGGUCAAUAAGAUACUGAUGAUGAGCCCUCGAGGAGGUGGCGACAGUGAUCUGGACUUUGGCGAAGAUGAAGAUUUUUCCAGAUUUUACAACAACCCUUCCUCCUACUCCUACCUCAGCUUGACGGACACUUCUCAUUCUAUACCCGGAGGAGUCUCCUACGACCUUUCUCCUCUCUCCUCUCCGGAGAAAGAACCUGGUGGCGACACCUUCCACUCCUCCUCUGAUUUUGACCUGGCUGACGAUGGAGACGGUACCAUGGACCUUGAAGAAAACAACGACUCCGUGUUCUCCGCCUACCCGUCCUCUCUGCCCCCACCUUCCUCGACCUCCCUGGAUCCCCUGCCUGACAACACCCUGCUGAGGAUGAAGCCGGUCCACACCUACUCCCGGAACAACAGCCAGAACCACGCCCCCCCCCUGCCCUCCUCCUCCGAUUCGGACCCCGCCUCGUCUUCUGCUGCCCUUCCCCCCCCGCAUUCCCUGCCGAGCUCCUACCUGACCUCCAGCUCCCUCCCCGCUCGUUCCUCCUCACUUCCUGGUGCUUUCGCUCUCCACGCUGCCGCAUCCUCCUCUCCCUCCGCCUCCACUGCGACCUCCAUUUCAAACUCCCAUGAGCCUUCUCCCUCUUCCUUGCCCCCACUUGCGGGCCGCCCCUCCGUCUCCACCUCGAGCCCCAACCUGUCCGACCCGCUCCCGGCCGGAGCGUCCUCCCGCAGGGCCCGGGACCACGUGGCGCAGAUGGCCUCCCAGGGCCUCCAGCAGCAGCGGGCCAGCAGGAUGCUGCUGACCUCGGUGUCCCAGUCUCUGGAGAUCCUGGCUCAGUCCGUCCAGCUGCUGGUGGAGAGCCAGCAGGAGUUUGUGCAGGAGUCUCUCCUGCUGCAGAGGGAGACCGUGGACAUCCUGAGGGACUUCUCCAACACGGCAAUGACCAUGCUGAGGGACAAGUCCAGCAGUGGGCAGCUGGCGACGCACAACCCCCCCCAGCCCACCGCACACUUCUGAGACGGAGGGUUCCAAAUCAACCGAGUGCGGCGGAGCCCUCUGGGAUUCAAACAUACACCUGGUUGAUAAAGUCUUGACAAGAGACUGAAAUCUCGAGCCACAGAAAAGGACAGGGUGUCGCCAAGUGGGGUCGUAGGUCACCAGCUCAAUGAGGGAUGUGCCUGAAUCUCGUCCUGAUCAAAGGAGGCGUCUGAAGCUGCUGAAACCGUGUCCCCUUUUUACCCAGUGUAUUUGUAUUUUGUUGAGUGCACCGAGAGGAAAAGAACAUAGUACUUGUUACGUGUGACUGUUGGUGUAAUCGCUGGUCAAGGGCACUGCAGCAGAAAGAAAAUGCAACGACUACUUUUAACAAACGCUACAACAAACCAUUUUGACCCGAUUGUAUAUUUUGUUGCAAUUGUACAGCUGUUAACUGCUUUUAAAAUGGCAUUGAGAUGUUGCUGCUAUGAGGAAAACAGUCCAUCAUGCAGUGGGGGAUAGAAAGCAUGUUUAAAUUGUUUGGUGUUUAUUAAUGGAUAUUUCAAGCUGGAACUUUUACGACCGCCCAAAUGUUGUUGGACGUUUUUGCCGUCUCCAGCCAGUCGGGUUCUGGAGCUCACACCAAACUGUGACCAGCGGAAAGUAGUGAGCUUUACAAGUUAAAUUAAAUAACAUGGAUUUAAAGGCGGAAUAAGAUCCAGCUAACUAUGACCCCACAAUAAGCCGACACCAUGGCGAGCACAGCGUUUCUGGAAAACACACGGGAGACUUCAAUGUCUGGAUUCUUUACCAAAUAACAGUUGAUGAAAGAUGUGUUGUGCGUACACACACACACGCACACACACAUCAGUGUACGUUCUCUGUAUUCAGUGGGGAUGGUCACCGAGUGAUCCUUCUGCUUACCCACAAUAGACGGUCAACUGUGUAACACCGGGUGAUGUGAUGUUCCCAACAACCAAACCCUGACAAUAAAAACAUGAUUGUUAAAAGAACAA